UAAUAUUCAGUCUGUAAAAAAAGAAGUGGGGGGAUGCCGAGCUUGAUCCAGGCAGUGUUUGUAGAUGCUGUGUAUGUGUGGUGUGAGAACAAGAUUAACUGGUAUUGAAAAAUUACCUUCCACCAAGCUUGGCUCAGCUUUCAUUCUGGAACCCUUCAUUUUAUUGAAAGACUGCCGUUACGCUUGCUGCAAAGAGCGGUGUCCCGGUGUUGACCACUGAGCCAUGGAUACCACCACUUCCCUGAAGAUGACCUCCGUGGCUGUCCAAAGUCUGUUCAGCUACGUGGAGGAGGAGAACCUGGCUGCCAUCAAAGCACACUUGGAUAAGUUCAAAGACGUCGACAGCAGGAGUGAUAAUGGACAGACUCCCCUUAUGGUGGCAGCUGAGCAGGGCAGUCUGGAGAUUGUGCAGGAGCUCAUCAGGAGAGGAGCCAAUGUUAACUGCGAUGAUGUUGACUGCUGGACAGCGCUGAUGUCAGCGUCCAAGGAAGGCCACAUCCAGAUUGUGCGAGAAUUGCUGGACAACGAUGCUAACGUGGAACACAGAGACAUGGGAGGCUGGACUGCUCUCAUGUGGGCCGCCUAUAAAGGUCGUACGGAUGUGGCGCAACUGCUCCUGAGUAAAGGAGCGAACCCAAACAUCACUGGUCAGUAUAGCGUCUACCCCAUAAUUUGGGCGGCGGGUCGAGGCCAUGCUGAGAUUGUCCAUCUGCUGCUGCAGCACGGAGCUAAAGUCAACUGCUCGGACAAGUACGGCACCACCCCACUGAUCUGGGCUGCCAGGAAGGGUCACUACGACAGUGUGAUGCACCUUCUGGCCAACGGAGCCGAUGUGGAUCAGGAAGGAGCCAACUCCAUGACAGCUUUGAUUGUGGCAGUGAAAGGUGGCUACACUGAAGUGGUCAAGGAGCUGCUGAAGAGGAACCCGAAUGUCAACAUGACCGACAAGGAUGGAAACACAGCCCUGGCCAUUGCUGCCAAGGAGGGACACACCGAAAUUGUGCAGGAUCUGCUGGAUGCUGGCACUUAUGUUAACAUACCAGACAGGAGUGGAGAGACCAUGCUGAUUGGAGCAGUGAGAGGAGGCCAUGUGGAAAUAGUACGAGCUCUGCUGAACAAAUACGCGGAUAUUGAUGUCAGGGGCCAGGAUGGAAAAACUGCUCUCUACUGGGCAGUGGAGAAAGGUAAUGCCACCAUGGUGAGAGACAUACUGCAGUGCAACCCGGACACGGAGAGCUGCACCAAGGAGGGAGAAACCCCACUUAUCAAAGCCACAAAAAUGAGGAACAUAGAGAUCGUCGAGCUGCUGCUGGAUAAAGGAGCAAAGGUGUCCGCUGUAGAAAAGAAAGGCGACACACCCCUCCACAUCGCCAUCAGAGGGAGGAGCCGAAAGCUGGCUGAGUUGCUGCUCCGGAACCCUAAAGAUGGCCGCCUCCUUUACCGCCCAAACAAGGCUGGAGAGACGCCAUACAACAUUGAUUGCACCCACCAGAAAAGCAUCCUCACGCAAAUAUUUGGCGCCAAACACCUCUCCCCAACUGAAUCAGACGGGGACAUGUUGGGUUAUGACCUGUACAGCAGCGCUCUUGCAGACAUUCUCAGCGAGCCAACCAUGCAACCACCCAUCUGUGUUGGUCUGUACGCACAAUGGGGUAGUGGGAAAUCUUUUCUUCUGAAGAAACUCGAGGAUGAAAUGAAGACGUUUGCAGGGCAGCAGAUCGAGCCGUUGUUCCAGUUCUCCUGGCUGGUGGUCUUCCUCACCCUCCUGCUCUGUGGCUCAGUUGCUGUGAUACUGGGCUUUACCGUUGAUCACAAGCUGGCCAUCGCCGUUUCCCUCAGCCUGCUUGCUUUGAUUUACAUCUUCUUUGUUUUGGUGUACUUUGGAAGCCGACGUGAGAGAGAGAGCUGGAACUGGGCAUGGGUCAUCAGCACCCGGCUUGCCCGACAAAUUGGCUACUUGGAGCUUCUCCUCAAACUGAUGUUUGUCAAUCCACCCGAACUGCCUGAACAAACAACCCGUGCACUGCCCGUCAGGUUCCUGUUCACGGACUACAAUCGCCUGUCCAGUGUCGGAGGGGAGACGUCCAUGGCCGAGAUGAUUGCCACGCUCUCAGAUGCAUGUGAAAGGGAGUUUGGUUUCAUGGCCACUAGGCUGUUUAGGGUUUUCAAGAAUGAUGAAAUCCAAGGUAAAAAGUGGAAAAAGACAUGCUGCGUGCCGUCCUUUGUACUGUUUGCCUUGACACUGUGCUGCCUCAUUGCUGGCUUAGCAUUGCUAGCAAUAUUUAAGGUGGACUCCGAGAACCUGACAGUGAAUGCAGUGCUGAUUGCAAUGGCCAGUGUGGUUGGCCUGGCCUUGCUGUUCAACUGUAAAACCUGGUGGCAGGUGGGCGACUCAGUCCUCAACUCCCAGAGGAAACGCCUUCACAGGGCUGCCAACAAUCUGCACCAGCUUAAGAGUGAAGGCUUUAUGAAGGUUCUGAAGCAUGAGGUAGAACUAAUGUCGAAGAUGGCCAAGACAAUCGAUGGCUUUACCCAGAACCAGACACGAAUGGCCGUCAUCAUAGAUGGGCUGGAUGCCUGUGAACAGGACAAAGUGCUGCAAAUGCUGGACACGGUGCGAGUUCUCUUCUCUAAAGGGCCCUUCAUCUCCAUCUUUGCCAGCGACCCUCAUAUCAUCAUUAAAGCCAUCAACCAAAACCUCAACAGCGUGCUGAGAGACUCCAACAUCAACGGCCACGACUACAUGAGGAACAUUGUCCACCUGCCAGUGUUCCUCAACAGCAGAGGUCUCAGCACUGCCAGGAAGCUCUGCAUGGCAGCACCCACUAAUGGCGACAGCUUAGCUGCAGAAGGAUGGACUGAAGAUGUUGACAAGAAGAUGUCUCAGAGUAGCCUGGCUCCAGACCAGGCAAAAUUUGGCAGCAAGACCGCCCUUAACCGCAGGGACACAUACCGGCGGCGCCAGAUGCAGAGGACCAUCACCAGGCAGAUGUCUUUCGAUUUGACAAAGCUGCUGGUGACUGAGGACUGGUUCAGCGACAUCAGCCCCCAGACCAUGAGGAGGCUGCUCAAUAUUGUUUCUAUCACUGGUCGUCUCUUGCGUGCCAAUCAGAUAAUCUUCAAUUGGGAUCGUCUGGCGUCGUGGAUCAAUCUGACUGAGGAGUGGCCCUACAGGACGUCAUGGAUCAUCCUCUUCUUAGAAGAAAGUGAUGGCGUUUCUGAUCAGGUCUCUCUCAAGACAAUCUAUGAAAGGCUGUCCAAGAGUAUUCCCACCACCAAGGAUGUGGAGCCAUUGCUGGAGAUCGACGGCGACAUCCGCAGCUUUGAGGUGUUCCUCUCUUCCCGAACACCUGUCCUCACUGCAAGAGAUGUGGAGAUGUUCCUCCCCUGCACCGUAAAUCUGGACCCCAAACUCAGAGAAAUUAUAGCAGAUGUGCGUGCAGCCAGGGAGCAGAUGCAUGUGGGAGGGGUUUCGUAUCCCACAAUGCCUUUGCAGGAGGCGGUGGUGCCCCGUCCACAGCUGGGAUACGGCCAGCACAACGCCACAUGCUCACCGUCGGGCUCUUUUGCCGGCUCCUUGCCGCCUCAGCCUCACAGUGCCUACUUCAGUGGCAUGACUGGUCCUCAGCACCCCUUCUACAACCGGCCUUAUUUCCCCCAACAUGUGUAUCACCUGCCAAGGCAUUACCCCCAUCAUGCCCCCUCAACCAUGCACCCUUCCAUUAAGCAUCCUCUUCACACCAAGGACCUCACUGGUGGACUUGAAGUUAUAGCAGAGGAUGCAAGAGAAGGCCUCCACUCCUGUCCCUCUGACCCCUCCAUGGCCUCCCCAGCUGUCCUGCUCAGCUCAAUGAGCACAGAUGCGGUGUGCGAGUUCCUCAAACAGAUCGAUGGAAUCGACGCCAGCAUGCUGCGUCAGUACACUGCCACCGUUAAGAAGGCUAACAUAAACGGACGAGUCCUGGCACAGUGCAACCUGGAUGAGCUGAAGAAAGAGAUGGAUAUGAACUUUGGUGACUGGCAGCUCUUCAGGGGAAUGGUGAUGGAACAACGGCUUGCCGAAAGCCAGGCUCUGCUCGAGGAGGAGUCGCGAGCUCCAAGUGAGCAGGGCAACAGCGUCUACAGCGCAGAGCCCGGCAGGCGCUUGUCGGGGGCCCAGCGGGAGGGAGGGACCUUCAGCCUCAAUCUGAGCUUCGAGGAGCUCAGUGGAGCAGGACUAGAAGAGCGCCCGAGACACGGCAGCAACUCGCAGUGGCCGGUAGCGAAUCUCCGCACCACAAGCAUGUCCAGCCUCAACUCGCAAGAAUCGUCCAACAACAUCUGCAGGUUGACGAACAGGCAGCAGGCAGAGUACCGCGACGCCUACCAGGAGUACAUUGCUCAGAUGGCCCAGCUGGACGUGUCGGGCGGCGCGACGGAGAGGCCAGUGCAGCCCCAGCCGUCGACCUUCCUCCAGGCAGCCGGCUCGGACGAUAAAGGGGCUAAGGAAGGAGCAGACCAAGAUGGCCGCAAGUCCUUCAUCAAGAGGGUCUCCAAGGCGUCUGACGCCGCAGACGUUCCCUCGGGGUCUGAUGGCCAACUCCUCGAUCCCAUCAGCGAGGAGGAUGAGAAGCUGGACCACAGCACGAGCUCCAGAAACAACACGGCCGAGUCGCGCGUCCGCAAGCUGUCCAGCGAUGAUGACUCAAGCCCGGAGGAGGCAGACAACACCACGCCGCUCCUCCAAAAAGAAGCGAAAGCCAAAUCCUCACAUUUUCUCACCAAAGGUAUUUUGGAUCCAAAGGAGUCCACUGAGAGCUCUCCGGAGCAGGCAGCAGGAGAACCCGGUUUGGCGAAGGCAGCGGCGUGGUCAGGUGUUAUGGAGCUGGAGCUGGAGGGUGUGGUGAAGAAGCGAGGUUUCCUCCCCAGCAGCCUGCAGGACUCCACGGCGGCCCGUAUGUCCAUCUGCUCCGAGGCGGCCUCCGACGCCAGCCUGAUGGCGAGCAGCCCGGACGAAGGGUGGCCUCCCGGCGGGAUCAGCAACCUCAACCGCAGCGAGAGCAACACCACGCUCAACAACAACACCGGCGACACCAAUUCCAACACCAACAACAGCAUCCGCCAACAACAACAGUUCGCCACCUCCCCCACCAACGUCUCGCCUGCUGUCAUCAUCUCACCGGGCAGCGGCAAUGCCACCGUCACUACCGCCACCGUCCACCACAACCAGAACCUGCGCUCCAUCAACCUGGGAGACGAAAGGGAGAGCGCCCUUUGAGAUUGUUUCUAAUCCUAAUUCAGUAAUCAGUGUUGUUUCGUAAGGCUCAGAAUAGCGUUUUUUUUCUUUGAGAAGCAGUUUUGCUUAUUAAUGAACUUUCUAAUUUUGAGGAGCAGGUCAAAGGGUUAUGUUAAACCACAAUAGAAACAUUUGGUGUCGGUUUAUAAUCAACAAGUUUUUAUUUCAUUUAUUUUCAUGCCUGGAAACAUUUCCACUGGGGCAAUUUCAAAGACAAAUAUGAAUAUCAUUUUAAACUUAGUAUUUUUUAAUUGGUUGUAUUGUCCUUUAGCGGGGCGGCCCGGUAGUCCAGUGGUUAGCACUUCGGCUUCACAGUGCAGAGGUACCGGAUUCGAUUCCAGCUCCAGCCUCCCUGUGUGGAGUUUGCAUGUUCUCCCCGGGCCUGCGUGGGUUUUCUCCGGGUGCUCCGGUUUCCUCCCACAUUCCAAAAACAUGCGUGGCAGGCUGAUUGAACACUUUAAAUUGUCCCUAGGUUUGAGUGUGAGCGUGGAUGGUUGUUCGUCUCUGUGUGCCCUGCGAUUGGCUGGCAACCGAUUCAGGGUGUCCCCCGCCUACUGCCCGGAGACAGCUGGGAUAGACUCCAGCCACCCCCCUAGUGAGGAUCAAGCGGUUCGGAAGAUGAAUGAAUGUCCUUUAACGAAGCAAUUUUUUUUCUUUAAUAUAUAAGAUCUACUGUAAUGUAAUUUUGAGAACAUUUAAUGUGCAGAUCUCAAAACUCAGUACUCAAUACUUUUAAUUUUGGAAGCCGCUCCUCUCGGCUGAUGUACGCAUAACAUAAUUUCCAGUUUCAGUCCUGUUCAGCUGUGUAGCAUCGUUUAUCAUUUUCUCUAGAGACACUUAUCAAACUGUCUGUCUCUUGCUGUUCAAAGAUGUAUUCGCUCCUCGUUUAACGCGGUUCCAGCCAGACGUCGGUGACGUGUUCUCAAUCACCCAAGCACUGAAUUCCAGUGUUUCACAAUUCCGUGUCAAUUUUAGGUUAGCAUUGCAAUUAGCAUGGCUUCUCCAUCUGUCUUUAUCACCCCUUGAUGAAAACAAUACUUUCCAAAGCGUAGCUGGAUGAUUACUCACUUAGGAGCGACAUCGCAACAUGUUUAGCGCACUAGCUCGCCAACCAAAGCUUGCUGCUCGCUAAGUAGUGUGGCGUAUGUAGCAGCAAGCUUGCCACUGACCUCUUUCCCAGUGAUCAGUGACAUAAGCGUGCUGCGGCAUGUUAAUGUGCGUUCGUCUGGCCAGGAACAAUUUUUGGGACCGUCUCACAUCCCCGCAGAAAACUUUGUGAUCCUCAGUUUUGCAAGUCAGUGUGUUGUAAUGGAUACAAAGUGUGAAUUUUAACUUGCAAAAUGUGAUGUGAAACCACUUAUUUCAAGCCUGUAAUGUAUGUAAUAGAAUUUAGUCUGUUAGGAUGGAACUGUAGAAGCUGUAUCUUGUUAAUGAUAAUAUGGAACUUUUAAAACUACAGCUACAGCAUUAUCAUACUACCUAAUUGCACCUGCAUUUUACCUGUUGUGAAAAAUUUGGGGAUGUUUUCGUGGGGCACAUAAUUGUUAGUGAUGGGUUGAAUCAGGCGUCUGGGCCGUGAAUUUGACACCUGAGUUUUAAAAUGUCAUUGGGAAAAAAAAGUCCAAAUUCAGAAUGGAUAAUUGUGCAGUUGUUGUGACAUUGUGACACUUGUUACAUAGAGCUAGUUUGUGUGGUGAUGGAAUGCUACAUGUCGAAGAGUGUUGUGUUUGCUGUUAUCGAUAUUUACCUCAGUGGUUAUGUGGAGUAGUGGACGAUUCUUCUGUCACAGGUAUUUGGGAUAUCUUUGAGUGUUCUGAUAUGAUUCUGUCUCCUUAACUUUGUCAAAUUGUUUCACUAUUUAAAUCAAUACACUUUUAAUGGAUGUUCAA